CCGGUAUGUGUAGAGCUCACCGCCGGUGAAAGAGCUACUCUGUUGCUACGUCACCACAUUUCACCGAAGGCUUUGAAACAGCUUGGAAAAGCCUAGAAGUUCAUCCUGAGAAGCUUCCAGAAACAGAAAUAAGAUGAGGGAUGCUGCUCUUCUGCUCACGUCCUGUGUAGUUGUGUUUCUCCUCCUGAGCUUCAGCUGCGCUGCCAGGCAAGGACAGGACAUCAGAUGUGGAGCUUGCAGGGCUCUGGUUGAUGAGAUGGAGUGGGCCAUAUCCCAGGUAGAUCCAAAGAAAAUGAUCCAGACUGGAUCCUUCAGGAUCAAUCCGGAUGGGAGUCAGUCCAUCAGAGAGGUUCCCCUGGCACGCUCAGAGGGAAACCUCCUGGAUCUGAUGGAGAGUGUGUGUGAGAGGAUGGAGGACUACGGAGAGCACACAGAUCCGUCCACAAACAGGAAGUCCUAUGUCAGGGUCAAGUCUCGGACCGGUGAGGCCAUGGACCUCUCAGAGGCCGCGUUGGACUCAAGAGCGACAUCCAGUUUAAAAUUUGCAUGUGAAACAAUUGUCGAACAUCACGAAGAUGAAAUUAUCGAAUUCUUCGCUCAUGAAACGGAUAAUGUCAAAGACAAACUCUGCAGUAAAAGGACAGACCUGUGUGACCACGCCUUAAACAUUCCCCAUGAUGAGCUUUGAUAUUCUCUUGUCAGAGCUGCGAUCUCUGACACAAACCAAAUCUUCUGGUGCUGUAAAGUCUCAUGACAUUGCCUCAAGAUGUAAACAAAUCUUUUUAUACAAGAUCACAGAGAAUUUAGGAGCACUUACCGUCUAAUUAUGCUGUGUUGUUUUUUGUUACCCAUCCAGUGACUGUAUGUUAUAUAUUUGUUUCUUUCAUUCCCACCAAACACUCCUCAUGAAACUCAAACUGUGAACAAUAAGAAUUAAUAUUUAUUGUCCUGUUGGAAAUUUAAAAUUACACUUAAAGUUAAUUUAUCUGUCCUGAUUUAUAGCAUUAAUUUGAGGCUUUCCUGUCUUGUUUUUCUUUAGUUAGUCUAUUAAAUCAAGCUAAAGACUGACU